AUGAGUCCACAAAUGCAUAUAACUUGUCUCUCUACAGUCUUGUUGGUUAUUUUGUCAUGUCAAAGUGUUCAUUCGGAGCUUCGAGUCGGGUUUUACAGCCUUUCAUGUCCUUUUGCUGAGUACAUUGUUAAAGAUGAGGUUAGGAAAGGGCUCAUCAAGGAUCCUGGAGUGGCUGCUGGUCUUGUGAGAUUGCAUUUUCAUGAUUGUUUUGUUAGAGGUUGUGAUGCGUCGGUGUUGAUCGAUUCCACUCCUUCAAACACAGCUGAAAAGGAUUCCCCUGCAAAUAACCCGAGUUUGAGAGGUUUUGAAGUCAUAGACAACGCGAAAGCAAGACUGGAAGCUGUAUGCAAAGGCGUUGUUUCGUGUGCUGAUAUAGUUGCUUUUGCAGCAAGGGAUAGCACGGAAUUUACUGGAGGGCUUAUAUAUGAUGUUCCCGCGGGAAGAAGAGAUGGCAGAAUUUCGUUAUCUUCCGAGACAUCGAACUUGCCUCCUCCAACAUUCAAUGUCGACCAACUCACACAACUAUUCGUGAAAAAAGGUUUGACACAAGAAGAAAUGGUCACGCUCUCUGGAGCGCACACAAUUGGCCGAUCCCAUUGCAGUUCUUUCAGUGACAGGUUGUACAACUUCAAUGGAAAAUCGAGUCAGGACCCAAGUUGGGAUCCCACAUAUGCAUCUCGGCUGAAGCAGCAAUGUCCACAAGGCAAUGCAAACACCGUGGUUCCGAUGAACCCCUCCAGCCCUGCCAUCAGCGACGUUGGCUACUAUGUUGACAUCCUAGCGAACCGAGGUUUGUUCACAUCGGACCAAACUUUUCUGUCAACCUCGGCAACAGCUAACCAGGUGAAUCAAUACGCCAAAUAUCCCAUCCUUUGGAUGAGUAAAUUUGCCGCUGCAAUGGUUAAGAUGGGUCAACUGGAUGUCCUCACUGGCAGUGCUGGUGAGAUCCGAGCGAAUUGCAGGGUCAUCAACAACUAA